AUGCGCACAGUCACGGUGGGGGUAGUGGCGGACAUGGACAUGGACACGGUCACAGCCACGCCCCUAAUCAUGGUCAUGAUUGUGUUGUAUCACACAGUCACAGUCACAAUGCAGAAGCGAAACACGGUCAUAGUCACGAGGAGAAUGUUAUUCAUUACGGGCACGUUCAUGAGAAAAAACAACACGAUCAUCACCACUCGCGUGAGCACGGAUCUGACACCAAUCUGCGAGGCAAGUGUUUAUCUUCACGUGUUGGCUGACACGCUAGGCAGCGUCGGGGUGAUUGUCAGCUCAUUCCUUGUGUCCACAUAUGGAUGGAAUGUAGCUGAUCCUAUUUGUUCUGUGUUUAUUGCUUGCGCAAUCAGCUAUUCCGCCAUGCCCUUGUUGUUGGACACGUUAGGACUGCUCACACUUCGUGCUCCGGGAUCGCACGAGGUUGCCAAUCCGGUUUGGGUGGUGAAAAAGGUGAGCUUCGACAUACGGCCGUCAUUGUCACACUUAGCUCUUUGUAUGGCUGAAACUGUCCAGACCUAG